CCGAGAGAUUGCGGGGAGUGCUGGUUCGAAGAGCAGCUCCGAGCUCCCUGACACGCGGCCACGGGCGAAGGACACCAUAGAGAGGAAGGCGCCCAUCCCGCCAGUUCAAGGGCCAAAGGUGCGGACCGUGAAGGAGCCGGAGCCUUUGGUCUCACCACCUGUCCUGGAGCGGGGCGAGCUUCGCGAGAUGCGCCGCCUUCAGCAGGAUGUGCUUGGCACUGGGCGACCGGUGUCUGGCGGGGCUUUGGUCGCCGACCCGGUUCCUGAGCCGGCGAUCGCGGAGGCGGAGGAGCCCUGA